AUGUUCGACUUGUAUUCACCGUGUCGUUUAGAUGACGUUCAAUCAAUCGAAGCAAGUAUCAUAAAAUUUACUCAUCAUCGACAAAGUCGCUCACUCAAAAGUCGACGUCAUUAUCCAGCAUCGUUAAAGUCACGAUUCAGGAAUAUCAUUCAUGCAACUAUUCGAGGCAAAAGCAACACUCGUUUCACAGAUCCCGAGAGUGUUGAUCAACAUCAUCAUCGAGAUAAAUCAAGAAGAACGUCGAUCAGCAAAAGUCCAGUAAAACGAUCAGAGAUUACAAGACGUCCUGUCAGUACCAGUAAAAUCCAUAGAGUUUAUCCUUUACGGUCUCAAUCAAAUUGGAACAUCUGGAAAAACGAUGAUUCGAAGAAAAACUUGCAAUUACAAAGUAAUUACUCAGCAAGAACUGAAAAUGAUCGAGAAUACAGUCAUCAAACAAUCUUUAAAACUAAAAAAUGUCCAUCAAAAUCAUCCAAGAGUAUUGAUGAUAACUUCCAUCAUAUCAAAACGAUAGAUGCAGAGCCAGAUCGAAGAGGUACUACAGAAGAUUAUCAUCAGAAUUCAAAAAGAAACAAAAAGAAAAAAUGUCCACGUUACUGUAAAAUAGCAUCUGUGAUUGCUGUUCUAGUUCUUGGCAUAGGUAUUGUAAUUCUGCUUGCGCUCUUGAUUAAACCCAAAGCAACAGAAACGACAACAAUAAUAACAACGACAUGUACCAGUGGAACUUUUUGGAAUACAAUUGGUGUCACGUAUGCAGGAAAUGGUUCGCAAGGAUCUGCUUUGAAUCAAUUAUCUUCGCCAACUGGUAUAUUCAUAGAUUCGAGUGAUAUUUUAUAUAUAAAUGAUGGUGGCAAUUAUCGUUCACUGAAAUAUUUGUCUGGUGCCACUAGUGGUAUCCUUAUAGCUGGUACAGGUACGUCUGGGUCUGCAUCGAAUCAACUUGGUGGAUCCACACGUUUUAAUUAUGUUGAUUCAAAUCAAAACAUUUACAUUAGUGAUGGAAGCAAUAAUCGAGUUAUGCGUUGGGCAAAUGGUGCAUCUAUGGGGGUGAUAGUAGCCGGCGAUGGCACUUCUGGAACAUCACUCAAUCAAACAAGAACUCCAUAUGGUGUAUGGGUGGAUUCUAGUUCAAAUGUAUUUGUUGCAGAAUUUACCAAUCAUCGCGUAACAAGAUGGAGUUCAGGUGCAAAAGUAGGAGUUGUUGUCGCUGGUGGAAAUUUACAAGGUACAACACCAGAUAAAUUAUCUGCGCCCUCUGGUAUAUUUUUUGAUGAAACAAAUCAAGAUUUAUAUAUCGUUAAUGGUAUUGCAAAUACAGUGGUGAAAUGGCGUGUUGGUGCCUCGAAUGGCACCGUUCUGGCUGGUGUUCCUGGAAGUUCUGGAGUAUCAUCCACUUAUUUAAGUUUUCCAGUGGAUUUAACAUUAGAUCGAUGGAACAACAUAUAUGUUGCCGAUCGUACAAAUGUUCGAAUACAAUUGUUUUGUAAUGGCAGUUCGACAGGCAUUACGAUUGCUGGAUCUGGUAGUAGUCUCAUUCUUCCAUAUAGUGUGGCAUUAGAUUCACAAUUAAAUUUAUAUGUCUCAGACAAUGGUGCUGCGCGUAUUAUUAAAUUUUCUAAAUUAUAA